GCGUAGGAUUAGGCUUUAAUGCAGCGAUAGGGGUAAAAGUUUACCAUAACUUCUACGCAGCAACGUACACAAGGAGUAAGACUUUAUAUUUUAGGUCCAUUAGAAGAGAAGUGAAGAUAGAGGAUUUCAAAUUUUUGAAAGAUGGAGUUACCUUCCCUUCGUCCUAGAAAUUGUGGAAGCAAUGUUUCCAAAGUUAACGAGAGAGGACAAUUUGGUCUUUCCGAUCCGAUGAUCGACGGUUUUCAGAGUGUGCAGUCAAAUAAUGCAGAAGUUUAUUCGUCUCAUCCAUUGGAAAAAAGUGAAAAAGAAUUUGGCAUUCGUCGUCGACAGAUGGAUUACGCCAUGUUGAAGAGAGUUCAGGGACUGCACGCUCCUCUGCGACUCGAGUACGAAAGGAAAAUCGCCUCUAAGAUCGGACGACUUCCCUUUCUUCCCAGCUCCGGCUUCAUGUCCAACACUCUGGAUGGCACAAAUCUAGACCUGAGUUAUGAAGACGUGCUGGCAGAUCCGUCACACUCUGAAGUAUUGGAGGUGCCUCUGGUGGCCAUCGAGAAGCGUCUGGUAAUACCGUGAUGAGAGAAUUUUGUAGUAGAAAUAUUUGUCUGUCAAAAAUAAACAGUGUGUGUUCUAUU